AUGGGCACUUUGGUGGGACAUGUUGCACCAGGGUCUGUUUUUCUUUUCGUUGGUUUAUGGCACCUUGUUAACCAUAUCAAACUCCAUGUUCAAAACCCCAAAGCCUUCCAUUUUUGCCCAUGGAUUCCCACCACAAGGAUAAAGUAUUUGGAACUUUACUACAUCAUGGUAAGUUGUUCCAUGGCCGUAGUCAUGGAGAUAUUUGUUUUACCAGAUCAUCACCAUCCGUUUGACACAGAUGGCACCAUUCCUUCCAACCAUAUGCAGAACAUCGAACACUUGUUCAUUUUUAUGAUGUUUAUAGCCUACGCUGGUUUUGCGAUACUACUUGACAAGUUUCAACCCAAAGCCCAAUACGAGUUGACACAGUUGCUUUUAGGUAUUGCGUUUGGGCACCAACUCCUCCUCACCCACCUUCACUCAACUGGAAACAUGGGUAUCCAAGGACAAUACCAUAUGCUUCUACAAAUAUUAAUUCUUAUCUCUUUCAUUAGUACCCUUAUGGGCAUUGGUUACCAGAAAAGCUUCAUAGUUAGUUUCAUAAGGUCCAUUAGUCUGUUCUUCCAGGGUCUUUGGCUCAUGGUUAUGGGUUUCAUGCUUUGGACUAGAAGUUUGAUUCCAAAAGGUUGUUUCUUGAACUUAGAACAGGGUCACCAUGUAGUUCGGUGCCAUGGAGACGAAGCAGUAGAACGUGCCAAGUCGUUAGUGACUAUUCAAUUUAGCUGGUAUCUACUUUUUGUGACGAUUUUUGCUAUGUCGCUUUACUUGGUCAUGACUAAAAUCUAUGAUAAACAAGUUGAGUACCAAUCACUAGUAAGCUACGAUCAAGAACAGGCACAUGAAGAUAUCGAGGCUCAAAGUAAAACAAGCAAACUUGACGAAUCACAUAGCUUUCUUCAAAUGGGGAAAUCUUUUGCUCCUCUCGACAUGGAAUUGUAG